UUACCUUUGAAGACAAUGUUAGGACCAAGAUAUGACGAACAGGUUGCUGAAGAAAAUCGUUUUCACCCGAGUAUGUUAUCCAACUACUUAAAGAGUCUGAAGGUUAAAAUGGGUUUACUGGUAGACUUGACCAACACCACUAGAUUCUAUGACAGAAAUGAUAUCGAGAAAGAAGGGAUUAAAUAUAUAAAGCUCCAGUGUAAAGGGCAUGGUGAGUGCCCUACACCUGAAAAUACAGAAACAUUUAUUCGUGUAUGUGAACACUUCAGUGAUAAGAAUCCCUCAGAGUUUAUAGGUGUCCAUUGCACACAUGGUUUCAAUAGAACCGGAUUUCUGAUCUGUGCCUUUUUGGUCGAGAAGUUGGACUGGAGUAUUGAGGCUGCUGUGGCUACUUUUGCUCAGGCUAGACCGCCAGGUAUUUAUAAAGGGGACUAUUUGAAGGAAUUAUUUCGUCGUUAUGGAGAUGAAGAUGAUGCACCAUCACCACCUGAGCUACCAGAAUGGUGCUUUGCUGAUGAUGAUGAAGAGGAGGAUGAUGAUAAUGGUAAAACAGGAGGCCAAGAAUCAGAACCUGGAUCAUCAAGCUCUUCCUUUGGCAAGAGGAGGAAAGAACGCCUAAAACUGGGUGCAAUUUUCUUGGAAGGAGUAACAGUAAAAUGUGUGACCCAGGUGACAACACAACCAAAGUUAGGAGGAAUACAGCAAAAAUGUCAGCAGUUCUGUGGAUGGGAAGGGUCAGGAUUCCCUGGAGCACAGCCUGUUUCCAUGGACAAACAAAAUAUUAAAUUUUUGGAGCAGAAGCCGUACAAAGUUAGCUGGAAAGCAGACGGCACUCGGUACAUGAUGCUGAUUGAUGGCAAGAAUGAAGUUUAUAUGAUUGAUAGAGACAAUUCAAUUUUUCAUGUAGCUAAUCUGGAAUUUCCAUUUCGUAAAGAUCUUCGCACACAUCUAGCAAACACUCUUCUGGAUGGGGAAAUGAUCAUCGACAAGGUUAAUGGACAGGUUGUCCCUCGGUACUUGAUAUAUGACAUUAUUAAGUUUAAU